AUGCCACGCCGCUGUCACGCCGAUUGCCAUGCCGCUGACACGCCAACGACAACGACGGCGCUGCUCAUGGCGCUCUGGGGAACAUUGAGACAUCCAGGCCACCCUCUCCCCUCCCCUUUCUGCCAGGUGCCUUCCCAUGCCCUGCAUGGUGCCUUCUCAUGCCCUGCCCGUUUCUCCUGUCGCCAAGAUGAAGAUACUUUGCACAGGGAGCAGAUGCGUUGCCAGCUGCUUGUGUGGCCGUCCCUGUUCAAUCCAUGCGCGGACAUGAGAGAGAACAAGGGAGAGAAACAGAAGCAGGAGGAGGGAGCGCAGCGCCAUGCCAUGCCGCAUGGCCCACCAAACCAGCCCCAGUCAUUUGACCAAUCCCCUACUCUCUCCCCUCUGUUUUUGAGUCAUUUGACCAAUCCCUCAUCUCUCCUAUUCGUUUUGAGUCAUUUAACCAAUUCCCUCCUCUCUCCUCUUGUUUUCGAGGUCAUUUUCACCAAUCCCCUCCUCUCUCUCCCUCUUUGUUUUGAGUCAUUUGACCAAUCCCUCUCCUCUCUCCCCUCAGUUUUUGAUGUCAUUUCACCAAUUCCCUCCUCUCUUCUCUCUGUUUUGAGUCAUUUGACAAUCCCUCCUCUCUCCUAUUUGUUUGGAGUCAUUUGUCCCAAUCCCCUCCUCUCUCCUAUUUGUUUUGAGUCAUUUUACCAAUCCCCUCCUCUCUCUCUGUUUUUGAGUCAUUUCACCUAUCCCCUCCUCUCUCCUCUUUGUUUCGACUCAUUUGACCAAUUCCCCCUCCUCUCUCCCCUCAGUUUUGAGUCUUUUCACAAUCCCCUCCUCCUCUUUGUUUUGAGUCAUUUGACCAAUCCCCUCGUCUCUCCCCUCUGUUUUGAAUCAUUUGACCAAUCCCCUCGUCUCUCCCCUCUGUUCUGA